AUGCCGCGAAUCUCGCCAUGGCUCUUCCGCAAGGCCAAUCGCCACUCUCCCAAUGUCGCUGCAUUGCUUCCAGCAUGUAGAGACAUUCCUUCUGCCGUCAACGAACUGCGAUGGCUGAAAGAACAUGUCAACGGCACUGCACACAUUGCCAAAGAAAGCUUGCUCGCACGGCUGUGCACGAAGAGGGGGCAAGGCUAUCCUUUGCAGUACAUCUUGGGAUCCCAGCCAUUUGGGCCUCUCGAUAUCAAAUGUCGCUCUGGUGUUCUAAUCCCAAGACCUGAGACUGAAGCGUACACCUAUCACCUUGCUUACCUGAUCAAGUCUGAGAGCUUGAAGAUUGGUGGCCCGAAACGCGACUUGGGUAUUGUCGACUUCUGCACGGGGACAGGAUGUAUACCCCUGCUUCUCUAUGCAUUACUUUGUCCGAAGUUUGAUCAUUUAGAGGUCCUUGGAGCGGAUAUAUCUACUCAAGCUAUAAAGCUAGCCAGGAACAAUAUCGACCACAAUAUCAGGCUUGGCCAUCUCCCAGACCGUCAGCUACAUCACAACCUUGGCAUCGUGCAGGAGGAUAUCUUCCAGAAUGAAAUCAUAGAGAAGCUACAGGAACGUAAAUGGGAUGUGAUGGUGUCUAACCCUCCCUACAUCUCCCGGCGAGCGUGGAAUUAUGGCGGUGGCCAGGUUGGACACUCUGUUCACAAAUACGAACCGUCUCUAGCUCUGGUUCCAGGCGAUGAUGUUCUGGUUCCUGUAGAUUGGAGCCACGAGGAUGUCUUUUACGCGAGACUUUUGGAGAUUGCAAGCCACCUCAAGCCGAGAGCCAUACUGUUAGAGAUUGGUGACAGAGAGCAGGCUCGUCGCGUCAUAUCCAGAUUUUUUCAACACAAUCUGUCAAAGAAUUCUGAGGUACAAGUCUGGAGAGACUGGCCCGAUUUGGCUUCAGCCGCGGACAAGGACUGUAUACUGGAAGUUCCAGUGCAAGAUGGAUCCAGCCGAGCAAUCCCGAUACAAGGCGAUGGCAACAUACGAUCCAUUUUCAUCAGGCUAGAUGCAUAA